AUGAUGUUAUAUCAAAUCAAACACAUAUAUAUUGAUGAAAAUGAGACUCUUCGAUACUUACCAAUGUAUGAACCAUGUAUCUGUGUCUUUGAUCCUAGUGAACAGAUUAUUUGGGCUACUCAAAGUCAUGCUGAUUUCUUCUCUGUUGUUCAACUUUGUCUUGUGGAACUUGACCUUAAGUUGGGAAGGAAUGCUGAAUUAAGUAAUGAUCCCUACCCAAUUUGA